AUGUACAAGGCACCAGAGACACUUAGCAACUUAUUCAGCAUUGUCCAGUUUACAUUGAGCUCUGAUCUUUGAUCCUGGAGAAGGAGUCCAAAUACUUGCUGGCUUUGUAAGACAUUCAGACCAGAAGAAACUGGGAUCAGUUCUAAGGUGCCUUUGGAGGAAGUGCUACAGUGGUCCCAGUCUUUUGAAAAUCUGGUAAAGAGCAAAUAUUUGCCUAUAAUCUAUAAGACCUACUUGAAGACAGAACACAGUGAUGAAAACAUAGAAUUCUGGCUUGUCUAUGAAGCUUAUGAGAAGAUAAAAUUAUAGAGGAAAAGGAUUUCCAUGGCAAAGAAGCUCUUUACAAGUUACAUCCAACCCCAACGAGAAGUAAUAAACAUUGACAGUCCUGCAAGGAAAGCAAGUAUGAGGAAUCUUCAAGAGCCAACACAGUCCUGCUUUGAUGAUGCACAGAGAAUACUCUACAGGCACAUGGAAAGAGAUUCCUACCCACGAUUUCUUGAAUCACAGUUCUGCCAAAAGCUCAAACACAGUCUUCAAACUAAUGGCAACAAUUCAAUGGGAAAUUGAAAAGAAUAGUUGAAAAUGUAAAAGGGUUUCUUCUGGCACCCAAGUGUUUAAGAUUUAAAGAAGACAGGAGAAAUCAGGCAGCAGAGGAAUACUAUUAUUAAAGUGUUUAACUGUUCUGUUGAUGUUAGAAUUCACAAGGCACUAUCUUCCCCCUCCCCAAGGAAGUCUCCUUGUUUUGUUUUCCUUGCCCCACAAUAAAACCCUCAAAACUGGGAUUUAGGGAAAAAUAAAAGUAUUUUUCAAAAAGCAUUUUGCUGUUGGGAAAUAAAUGUUUAUUUGACUAUGCAUUACAGGAGAAAAAACCAUCUGCAUUGCUGCAUUUGCUGCUGUUUUAGUCUUACAGUUUUUCAAAGUAAAAAAAUAAAUAUAAAAUACAGCUGUUUGCCUAAACUGUG